ACUUCAGAGAAAGAAACGUGGAACAAGGAUACGGGUGUGUUAUCGUCAUCGUCGUUGUCGUCGUCGUCGUGCUCGUCGUCGUUGUUGUCGUCGUCGUCGUAUUUAGUUGUUCAAAUCAUAAGUUUGUUGUUUGUUCCCCGGUCUUGUGUGAAUACUAUUACAACUACUGCUACUAUUACUACGAAUACACUAUUGCUAUUACCACUAUCUCGCUAAGGUGUCGCGCGUGAAAGCCAAGUUGGUAAAACAAAACAAAAAUUGCUCCCCAGCAAUAGUGCCACGUGUAGAAACGAGGAGAAACGCCACCGAACGAGGAUAACAGGCCGCACGUACGAUUGUGUAGUACAUCAGUGAAGCGGUUUUAAAAACGGUAACCUCGGAGCAAAUCAGCGCACCGCAAAGGCCACUGUCAGAGACAUCAGAGCACCAGAGCAACUUUUGUCGACAGCACCAGCACCAUCGUUGGCCAGCGAAAGUAUCGUAGUAAUUCUUAGCACACAUCACAGACCGGACAAGGAUCAGGCAGACUGGUUUUGGUGUCUUGAAAGUAAACGCUCUGGCUGUCGAAGGAACGUGAAGGACGCGUGCUCGGCCAGCAGACAAACAAAUUGUGCCGAACUUCGGAUCGAUGCCGAGUAGGAGCAGAAGCAGCAGCAGCAGCAGCAGGAGCAGAAGCACAGCAUGUUGAGAGCAGUUCUUAACCUUAAGCCACCCGCCAAAGGAAGCAGUAAACAGAAGUGCCCAACCGAAACGUUAACGUAAAACGAAGCAGCAACAAAAAAAAAGCAAAUCAAUCGACAUCACCAAUGUCCACCAAUGUAUAAAUUAGGCUAGACCACCAACUAUCAUCACCCAACCAUCGCAACGCAACCGGCACAGCAACAAGGCAAGUGAUGUGGAGCUGCCGCGUUCGGCCAACCGGAUGGAGCUGUAAACAUUUGUAAAAAGCAUCGGAAGUCAAGGGAAAAUCUCAUCCACGCAAACACUCACAUACUCAAAAACCAAACACUGAGCUCUGAAUCAAUCGAAAAAUCAUUACAGGGAUUAUAUAGUUUACGAAAAGUGUAUGUUAGUCACCGUUUGUGUGUAUGUAAAGCUGGCUGUUUAGAUGACGAUGAUGGUAACAUUUGCUUGAGCCUUUCCUUCGAAAUUAGCACAUCCACUUCCACCCAGAAGGAGCGUCCAGAGUCUCCAGAGGCACGGGAGAAGAAAAAAUCGAUACAGAAAUACCUUUACUAGAAAAGAGGACGUAAGCAGGCGUAAGGAGCCGGCCCCAUCUGUAAGCGUAUAGAAAUCGAGCAAAGACACUUAAAAACAGCCUUUACGCCACGUGUCAGCCCUGCUUAAAGAGCGAGAGAGAGUGGCCGAACAGCUCUACAGGAUACAUUAAAGCUAACCAUCCGCCGGCGUACGAAACGGUCCCGGGUUGAUGCCAGUGUCAGCUGGAGUGCGUGAUAGCGUUGCAUCCGAACCGAAAGGCAACCGUGGUCCACCGUGGUGGACUGGCUUUUCCGUCUGAACGACGAUCUGUGUCUGACUGACUGUGCCGUGCGAGCGAGACGGCACGAGUCGAGCGAGAGAGGGACGAGACGAGCGAGCAGACGGCCGCAUGCAUUGCCGUCAAUAAUCAACAAUCAGUCAGUCACUCAGUCAGCCAGUGGCCGCAUAAACAGCACCAGCAGUAGCAGCACCAGCAGCAGCAGCAGCAGGAGAAGCGGUAAUAUAUUGACUGCAUCCCUGCAUUCGGUGCAUUCGGUGUGCAACGAGUUCCGCGUGCUCCGGUGUGCAUUGUUUUUUUUCUCGCAAAGUGACGCUGACUUUAAACGGGUGUGUGCGUGUGUUUACUACUACCGUGCACUACGUGUGUGCGUGCGUUUUUGCGUAAGCCGGCGUUGGCAAGUGAACAGUGUUGUUGUUGGUGAAAGUGAAACACGAGCUCGGCCCAAUCGCUCUCCCUUUCUUCCGAUCUGCCUGCACCGUUCCACGCCACCGUGCGUGCAGCGAUCCUCGAGCUUCUCGGUGCGUCCGGUGUCGGUGCAGAGAAAGUAUUACAAAAUUAGUAUUAGCAGCAGCAGAAGCAGCCACACACACAUUAGCAGGGUCGCUAUCCAAAGUCACCAACGCAAACAAAAGAAAAAGGAAACCUAAUAAGCAAAGCAAAACAAAAGCCAAUACAAAGCGCAAAGCUGAGCAGGAGAUAACCGCAACCAUCACAUCAAAAAAGUGCCUAACUAUUUCCGUUUUGCGUUUCGCUUAAUCUGUUGUUGUAUCGGUCCAAACCCCAAAAGCCCGCCCUUCCCGAUUCGUGUGGACCAGUCCGUAGGAAAGCUCGCUUCCCGUUCGUCCCGGCAUUAGCAUUAGCUUGGAGGUAGUCGAGUGUCAUUACAUACACACACGUCCUCGCCCCUAAUUUCCCAACCCAGUGGAUGCCCAGCUGCUCUAGAAAGACCCGCCUGCAAAGAGCUGCAUUUGUUGGGGUCGAGGUUUUCGGGCCAGGUGA